AUGCAAAGUUCUCAAAAAUUUACAGCCUCAAGCAACCUUACCAUAGAGGAUCAUCAUCAAGAACAGCAUGGGACGUCGGUACUCUCAUCCUCAGAGUCUUCAACAUCAUCGUCAUUAUCAACAAUGACUCCGAGUAUGGAUCAGAGUCAUGAAUUAAUUCCUGAAGCUCCUGUUGCCGAUGAGAGCUUGAAUGUCCAGCAAGAAAUUGGAGAAAUGACAGCAUUAGAAGCUCUUGAUUUUCUGAUUGAGGAAAAUAAAAAACUGUGGAAAGAAAAGAUAAAAUUUGAGAAUAGUAACAUUGCAAAAAUGCAAAUACAAACACAACAACAUGAAAAAGAGAAACAGCAUCUGUCCCUUCAAGUUAGAAAAAUCAAAACAAAAAUCAUUGAGACAAAGUUGGAUCAGAAAUCUUUGAAAAGUGAAGCCAAGUUCUUAAGCACUAAAUUUUCAGACGAGUUUUCUUCCCUUAUAGAAACAAUUAAGGAUAACAUAAACAUGAAAAUGGAUCAAAUGGACAAUGAACUCGAUAAAAUGGAAAAACAAUAUAACAACGUGUUGAAGGAUAGCGAAGAUCAAGUUAGAGAAACAGCAGGCUUCUUGUUAAAAGUUGGGCAAACUGUAAAGAGUUGGAAACGACGAUGGUUUGUGUUUAGAAAAGAUUUGACCUUCAGUUACUUUAAAACCGUUGAGGAUUUGAAGCCAAUUGACACGAUUGAUGUAUCAAUGGAAGAAAGCUUGGAUAUCUCUGCAGACGUGACUCAAGGAAAGCCUUUUGCUUUCAAAUUGGUGACAAAAGACAGAACUUAUUACUUGUGCGCAACCAACGAGGACGAAAAGAGACGAUGGAUUUCGACACUUAGAAGGUGGUUUGAGGUGAAUAAGGCGUACUUGACGAAAUGA